AUGUACCCCUCGAAGUACUACCCACACGUGAAGGAAGUCCACGUCAUCGACCAUGAGGUGGUGCCGGAGCAACGCCAGCUUCGGGUGCGCCGCAUCGCCAGGGUGAAGUACGACCUGCCUUCGAUCGUCCGUGAGUCCACGCGUGCUGUAAUGCCCGCACUGAUUGAAAAUGAUUUGGCCUACGUACUACAUCGUGGGCCCGAGCAUCGAAUACUUCGUGCUGGAGGACUCGGUUGUCGACCUGGAUGCUCGCUGUCUGUCGCACAGAACGUCGGGGUUGACCAUGAAGGAAUCGUACACGUGAGCUCCGGCCGUUAUGUUGAUAAAAAGCGCAGCUACCACGAGACGGAGACUAUACGGGGGAUGCCAAACGGCCAGUCCGAGUGCAGCAGUUCAACUGACUUCAGGAUCCUUGCGUUCGGGUUCCUCAACUCCACGCUGGAAGCAGUUGCGCGUCGUGUGGUGAGCGACUUCUCCAAGACGGACGCCGGCCACAAGGCACUGCUGCAGGCCGCUGAGAACCUUGGCGACUAA